CGCGGUCUAUCGAGAGACGGGUCAAAAGAAGAGUCCAUUCUUGUGCAUUGCAGUGGCAAUAUAAAACUCGAGUUGCCGGUGAGGAAGCUCGGCAUCGAAUACCUGCUGGCUGCUUUAGAAAGUCAUACCUGAGGGUAGGGCCUGCACAGGAGCAGGGGAGAGGCUGAAGCAUGAAGGCAGUGACUGCUGUGGGAUGCAGUCUUUUAUUUACUGUGCUCGACAUGACACUCACCACGCUCCUGUACCUCCGUGGAGCGCAUAUAGAACGCUUUGUACAGGACCUGAACUUCUUCGAUGUGUACCGAUCUGUGGUGGAUCUGUGGGCAGUCUCCCUCGUUAGGUCUUCCUUACUGAUGGGUGCUGCUGUUGGGGUUUCCAAAAACACCACUGAGGGUCCCAAGCGGGUGAAGGACUUGGAGACUUUUGCAAUUGUCGUGUGCCUGCUAAUAGGCAUGUACUCUGUGGUCAAGCUGCUGCUGUAUACUGAAGUCAUGGAGUCACUGAAUGAUCCCUGGUUCCUCUGCCUGGUUGCAUGGACUUGUGUCUCUGCCCUUGCCACUUUCCUUGCAUGGAAGCUGCUUUCUUUAGUACAGCCGGUGAGGGAAGCAACCUUCAGCAUUAGCUCGGAGGCUGCCAGCCCAGAGGAGACAGAACACCUGCUGGAUUCAGAGGAGGACAGAAGCAAAGGUGUCAAGAAAGACACUGCAUCUCCAGCAACAAUAGGCAGGCUCUUGUCAUACUCAAAACAUGAUGCUGCCUUGCUGGGACUAGCUUUUCUGUUUCUCAUUGUUGCUGCUGUAGGCGAAACCUUUAUCCCCUAUUACACUGGACUGGCGGUCGAUGCGAUCGUUAUUCAGAAGGACAUGAAAGCCUUCUCCAAAUUCAUGAUUAUUAUGUCAGUGUUUGCCAUUGUAAGUUCUUUUGCGGCAGGGGUUCGAGGUGGGGUGUUCUCUCUUGCCCUCGCCAGGUUAAACGUCCGAAUCCGCAACCUGCUCUUCAGAUCCCUGGUCCGCCAAGAAAUCGGAUUCUUUGACGCGACUCACACAGGGGACAUCACCUCUCGCCUGAGCUCGGACACGACGAUGGUGAGUGACCUGAUCUCUCUGAACGUGAAUAUCUGCCUGCGCAGCCUGGUGAAGGGGGUGGGGGUGUGCACCUUCAUGUUCACCCUGUCCUGGAAGCUCUCUCUCGUCACCUUCAUGGGCUUCCCCUUCAUCAUGCUGGUCUCCAAGUUCUACAGCAAAUACUAUAAGAGGCUUGCCCGCGAGGUCCAGGAUGCCCUGGCCAAAGCGAACAACAUCGCGGAGGAGACCGUCUCAGCCAUGAAGACGGUGCGGAGCUUCGCUAAUGAGGAGGCAGAGGCAGGCGUGUACUGGGAGAAGCUGCAACAGAUGUACAAACUCAACAGGACGCAGGCACUUGCCUAUGCCUGCUACAUGUGCUCCAGCAGUCUAACUGUGCUCGCCCUGCAAGUCAGUAUCCUUUACUAUGGUGGCCACCUGAUAGUCUCUGGACAUUUGACCAGCGGGAACCUCAUUUCCUUCAUCAUCUAUGAGCUGGAGUUAGGGGACUGCAUGGAGAACAUUGGUGCGGUGUACACGGGGCUAAUGCAGGGAGUCGGAGCUGCCGAGAAGGUCUUUGAGUUUAUCGACCGCAAGCCCCAGCUGUCCAGUGAUGGGACCCUGGCCCCCGACACUCUCAAAGGGCUUGUCGAAUUCAAGAAUGUCACUUUCUCCUACCCCACACGCCCCGAGUCCCAGGUCUUAAAGGGCGUGUCCUUCACUCUGCACCCAGGCCAGGUCACGGCUCUGGUGGGCCCUUCGGGAAGUGGAAAAAGCUCUUGUGUGUCAUUACUGGAGCAUUUCUACAGAGCACAGACCGGCCAGGUGCUGCUGGAUGGAAAUCCCAUCGAGGAGUAUGACCACAGGUACCUGCACACCAAGGUCUCUCUCGUGGGCCAGGAGCCAGUGCUGUUUGCCCGCUCUGUGCAGGAGAACAUCGCGUAUGGCCUGACGGAUUGCUCUCUGGAGGAGGUCAUUCAGGCUUCAAUGAAGGCCAACGCCCACGGGUUUAUCACGGAGCUGCCCGGCGGGUACAGCACAGAUGCUGGUGAGAAAGGCACACAGCUCUCCGGUGGUCAGAAGCAGCGUGUGGCGAUCGCUCGCGCUCUCGUACGAAGCCCCCAAGUCCUCAUACUGGAUGAAGCCACCAGUGCACUAGAUGCUGAAAGCGAACAUAUUGUUCAGCAGGCUCUGAAUGGUAUCAUGCAGGACCGCACGGUGCUGGUUAUAGCACACCGCCUGAGCACUGUGGAAAAAGCCCACAAUAUCAUUGUGAUAGACAAGGGCAGGGUGUUGGAGCAGGGGACGCACAAAGACUUAAUGCAGAAGGAAGGUCUGUACUCCAAGCUGGUGAAGAGACAGAUCCUGGGGAUAGAGACUGGGACUGAGACCAUGAACCAGGUUACAAGCAAUCCACCGAACAGACUUCGAAAACAGAGAGAGUCAAAAAGGAAGAGCAGUGAGUCAGAUGAAGAGUUGCGCAUCUGAAUCAGUCCACAUUGUGUCCUCCAUUGUCAAGCUUCACUGCUGUUUUGUAGAGUUGUAUGUAUUUAUUGCAUUUAACCAGGACGUUGUUCACUUUGGGGAAAGAAUAUAUACUGCCUUAUCUCUAAAGAGGGGGAUGUCAGAUUAGAAUUGGACUGUAAUUAGGAUACCAUUUUAUUAGUUUUUAAGAUUGAAUUGAAGUACUUUGGAGAAAAUACAAGCCGCUGAAAUAA